UUUCAGGAAAAAUCUGCAUUAGUGAGAGAACAGCACCCCCUUUUGGUGUAAAGCGUACUUUACUUCAAACUAAUAUGGGUACUAAUAAUGAUAGCCCGUCUGCUGUUUGCAACUUUAUUGACUGCACCGAGUCCAAUGACGAAGAGGAUGAGGAAGAGGAGGAGGGGAAGGGGAAGGUGGACGAACAAGAGGAGAAAGACCAAAAGCACGAGGAAAACCAUGAGAAAAGAACUAUGGUUAAGAAAGAAACUAUAAAAGAAGGACAGGGGCGACAGGGAGAGGUGGAGGAGGAGAGAAAAGAAACUCCAAGAUGGGAGGAUUUCUUUAACCCGGUAACUUUGAGUGACAGCCAGAACAGCCACUCACAGUCCUGCUGCUCUAUUAUUUCACACAGCUCCCCCUGCAGGAUGAGCGGCUCACAGACGCCCGAACUGUUUCCAGAAAUGGAAGAAGAAAGCGUGGAGAACUUGAGCCUGACUCUGUCAGCGUCCUUAUCUAACCAGUCCUCUCAGAACCAGGAGUCUUCUUCUUUACCUGAAAAUGUCCUCUUGCAGCCAGAACAAGAAGACGAUGCCAACGACGCAGAGGAGCGCGACAGCGGUCAGAACAACUCUGUUAAAGAAAGAGACCUGCUGCCUUCUUCUCAGGAAUCAUCUGACUUUGACAUUCCCUGCACACCGGAAUCAAAGGUGCCGCGACCCAACGAACUGCUGCAGCUGUACAGGAAGUUAGCAGCAGGAGAGGAAGUGGUCGUUAGGAAGAAAAGAGUUUGACAUUUCCCACAUUUAACAUGCUCCAAAAAUUGUCUUACAAAAACAGAACUAAGAAAUACUGGUGGACAGUCAUAUUAAUGUAGGUUUAAACCAGUGGUUCCCAACCCUUUAUGGGCCUGUGACCCUAUUUUGACAUCA